UAUCUGAAAACAUAGCUAGGACUGUAUAAGAGAAAUAUUCACAAAGUGUCAGCAUGCUACUAAUGAGGCAUGCUAAACUCGUUCAUUAUCAAGGAUUACAUUAAGCCCAGCACCAUGGCGGCUGAGGAUGGUACGCUGAGUAGCGGACUUGGGGCGAAAUUAAAAUGUCCGACUCCUAUCUCGCGCUUGAGAGUGGAGAAGAUCGAGGGUGGUCUCAUGGUAGCUGGGGUUGUAAUAGCUGCGAACUGCCAGAUUGCGCUUCCGGCAUUCGGGUUUCUCUUUAUAUUCGUCGGCGCUGUGCUCACUGCUGCUUCAUAUCGUGGACCAGGCGAGGACGAGGACAAGGAUUCGUACGCGGCAAGGAUCGCGUUUACAGGAAAUUCACGAAUCCUGGGACCGAUUUGCAUAGUUGUAGGUGCUCUCAUGCUCGCCCUUGGUGUAUUGCUUUGCAUGCUGACUAGAAGGGCGAGAAGAAGGGAGCGUAGAGUCGGUUUCCAUUGUCCUCUUCACGGAGAUUUUUAUCCUUUAAGUCCUGUUCAGGGUGUCAAAAUGCUCGGGGUACGCGUGGCAACGAGCGUGGGCCUUGUCGCAUUACGAAUCGCGCCUCUUGACCGAGCACACGCGCAAUGA